AUGACUGACCAAACAGGCCCACCGUCUCCACACCCGCAGCAAACCAAUGGCUACAAGAAGUUUUCUUCUUAUGAUAGUGAAUACUCUGGAUCCAACAACAGUCAGCAAAAUAAUCAAUAUAAUGAAAAGCUUUACGGGGCGAAAGAACCCCACAAUAACAAACAAUACCAAACGAAAAGUGGCAGAUAUGGAUCAAAUAAAUACAAUAGUCGUAAUAACAGUCAAGGGAACACUCAAUAUUACAACAGAUACAAUAAUACUUACAGACUGAAUAACAAUGAGUACAAUGCGGCAAUGAUGCCAAAUAUGCAAUGGCCGGCUAACUACUAUGCUCCUCAGAUGUAUUAUAUACCUCAACAAAUGGUUCCAGUUGCUUCUCCACCUUACACACAUCAGCCACUCAACACUAAACCAGAACCCCCUUCUCUACCUAAAAGUACGAAGAUAGAAAUAACAACGAAGACUGGUGAACCCUUGAAUCUGAAGAAAUUCCACGCAGAAAAAAAAGCUUCAAAAAAUGAAGAGAGUAAUGGUGAUAUAGAACAGAAAUCCAAGUCAGGAACUCCUUUUGAAAAGGAGUUAACUCCUAUCAUGGCUGCUAAAGAAGUAGUUAAAGAUACAUUAACCGAUGCAACUAAUGAAAAAUCUACUUCUGAGGCUGAGAAUACAAAAAGAUUAUUUUUGGAGCAAGUAAGAUUGCGUAAAGCGGCCAUGGAAAGAAAAAAGAAUGGUUUAAUAUCAGAAAAUGACACAGAGCGGGAAGAUCAGAAGCAUACCAAUGCUGAAACAACUAAAGUUAACACAUCUAUUGGACUUGAAGCUGACAAGGAACUACCAAAAACAAUUGGAGAAGCUAGUGUUUCUAUCAUUGAUGAAAAGCCAGGUGUCAGUGACGUUAUUCCUCCACAAAAUGCAGUUGGAAGUAUAACCAAAUCUGUGACAUUUAACGAGCCAGAGAAUGAGACUAGUUCUCAAGAUUCUAAUGAAAUUGUCGAGGAUGGUACUAAUGUCAUUCCUGAUGUAAAUGACAGCAAAACCAUAACUGAAGGUAGCGAUGUCACAGCGAAUCCUGAAUUUAUCACAAAAGAAAAUGUAGUGAAAGAAAUAGUUCCUUCCACACCCUCUGUGGACUUACCUACUGUUUCUCAACUACUUGAAACUUUGGUAAAGGCACAACCAAUUUCUGAUAUAUACAAUUUUGACUAUCCAGCCGAUGUCGAAAGACCUGAUGCUAAAUAUAGGAAAUCAAACGUUAAAUACACAUAUGGCCCUACUUUCUUAUUACAGUUCAAAGACAGAUUAAAAUUUAGACCCGAUCCCGCCUGGGUUGAGGCUGUUUCUUCGAAAAUUGUCAUACCUCCUCAUGUAUCCAGAAACAGACCAAAAGAUAGUGGUAGAUUUGGAGGUGAUUUCAGAAGUCCAUCUAUGCGUGGUUUGGAUCAUGCUUCUAGCUCGAGGGUCUCAUCAAAAAGAAGAUCGAAGAGGAUGGGGGACGAUAGAAGAUCUAAUAGAGGAUACACUUCUAGAAAGGAUCGUGAAAAGGCAGCAGAAAAGUUAGAAGAGCGAACUCCGAAAGAGGACGUCGCCCCAUUGGUACCAAGUGCUAAUAGAUGGAUUCCUAAGUCGAGGGUUAAGAAAACUGAAAAGAAAUUGGCUCCUGAUGGUAAGACAGAGUUGUUAGAUAAGGAAGAGGUGGAACGAAAGAUGAAGUCUCUCUUGAACAAGUUGACCUUAGAAAUGUUUGAUUCAAUUUCUUCUGAAAUUUUGGAUAUAGCAAACCAGUCAAAAUGGGAAGAUGGUGGCGAAACACUAAAAAUAGUUAUUGAACAAAUUUUCCACAAAGCGUGUGACGAGCCUCAUUGGUCUUCAAUGUAUGCCCAGUUAUGUGGUAAAGUAGUCAAAGACCUUGACCCAGGCAUUAAAGAUAAAGAAAACGAAGGAAAGAAUGGACCCAAGCUUGUAUUGCAUUACCUAGUGGCAAGAUGUCACGAAGAAUUUGAAAAGGGUUGGGCAGAUAAGUUACCUGCGGGAGAAGAUGGUAAUCCACUAGAACCAGAAAUGAUGUCUGAUGAGUAUUAUAUUGCAGCAGCUGCGAAGAGAAGAGGGUUAGGUCUAGUUCGUUUCAUAGGGUACUUAUAUUGUUUGAAUUUGUUAACUGGAAAGAUGAUGUUUGAGUGUUUCCGAAGAUUAAUGAAGGACUUAAACAAUGAUCCUUCGGAAGAGACUUUAGAAUCCGUCGUAGAAUUACUAACCACUGUCGGUGAACAAUUUGAACAUGAUAAAUUUGUUACGCCUCAGGCAACUCUUGAAGGUUCGGUACUGCUCGACAACUUAUUUUUAUUGCUACAACACAUCAUUGAUGGAGGAAGCAUAUCAAAUAGAAUAAAGUUUAAGUUAAUCGAUGUGAAGGAAUUGAGGGAGAUUAAACAUUGGAAUAACGCCAAGAAGGACGCUGGACCAAAGACAAUUCAACAAAUUCAUCAAGAAGAAGAACAAUUGCGCCAACAAAAGAACAGUCAAAGAUCGAAUUCGAGAUACAACAACAACCACAAUCAAUCUAACAGCAACAGAUAUUCUUCGAACAGAAGGAACAUGCAAAAUACCCCAAGAGAUAGUUUUGCUUCUACUAAAACAAGUUCCUUUAGAAACAACCAACGAAACGUUCGUAAAGCGGAAGAGGUUCCUCAAGCUCCAAGAGCCAAUAUGUUUGACGCAUUAAUGAAUAACGAUGGAGACAGUGAUUAA